GCGUCGGCGCGUAAUAAAACCAGCAGCAAUUUUUCCGUUAUUUCCCCUCCCUGAAAGUCUGAAACGCACGGCACGGCCGCCUCCUCCCCUCCGAAACAAAUCCAAUCCGAAAUCGAAUCCCCCUCGCUUCGCCGCCGGGAAGAAGACAGAAGCGACGCCGUCAGACCUCUUCCCUCCUCUCCUCCCGGAGCCGUCAGAGGCGGAUACGGGCGGACAGUCUCGCCCGACCGACGCCGGUAUGCAGAGCCAGAUCGUGUGCCAUGGUUGCCGGACCGUUCUACUCUACCCGCGAGGGGCGCCCAGCGUCUGCUGCGCGGUGUGCCAGGCCAUCACCACCGUGCCACCACCAGGACUGGAAAUGGCUCAGCUUAUAUGUGGUGGUUGUCGAACUUUGCUGAUGUAUACUCGCAAUGCAGACACCGUGAGAUGUUCAUGUUGCAAUACAGUCAAUCUUGUCAGACCAGUGAAUAAUAUAGCUCAUGUGAACUGUGGCCAGUGCCGGACAACUUUAAUGUAUCCAUAUGGAGCACAUUCAGUAAAAUGUGCCAUAUGCAAUUAUAUCACAACUACUGGAAUAAAUACCGUGGGACCCUCGCCAUCUGCAAGGCCGACAUCAAGUGGAUCUUCAUAUAGUGCAUCAUCUACUUCUGUUCCUAAAUCUCAACCACAGAAUGUAACUGUUGUUGUGGAGAACCCUGUGACAAUUGAUGAAAAGGGAAAACUGGUUAGCAACGUUGUAGUUGGAGUCACAACUGGGAAAAAGUAACGUGUUACCAUCACUUGUACAUCAUUGUUCUGCAUUCUAUAUCAGAAGUCGGAAAUACCAUGCAGUACAGUGCUAUCCAGUUAUUGGUUGCUUGGUUGUCCUUGAGGAACAAAAAUACACCACUCUAUUAAUUCUUUUGUAUGUAUAUGAGGUUUGUUAAACAUCACCGUGUGAUCAGACAGUCGAGGGGAAUGAUAGCAUAGUUUCAUGUAGUUAUACAUGCAUUGGUGCACGAUUUUUUAGUUUGUGUUGUUAUUGUUGAUAGUGUGUUACUGUUAUACGUGUACCGUGUGCAUAUAAAAAAAAGGAAUUUUCUGGAUUAAA